AUGAGCUCAGGCGGUGGCAGGGGAAAACCAAAGUCUACAAAGUCCGUCAGUAGAUCGAGCAAGGCCGGUCUUCAGUUUCCCGUUGGAAGGAUCGCCAGAUUCCUCAAGGCCGGAAAGUACGCCGAGCGUGUCGGUGCCGGAGCUCCGGUUUAUCUCUCCGCCGUCCUCGAGUACCUCGCCGCUGAGGUAUUGGAGCUCGCUGGAAACGCAGCAAGGGAUAACAAGAAGACACGUAUUGUACCAAGACACAUUCAGCUUGCAGUGAGGAACGAUGAAGAGCUCAGUAAACUUCUUGGAAGUGUCACGAUCGCUAAUGGUGGAGUUUUACCUAACAUUCAUCAGACACUUCUCCCAGCAAAGGUUGGCAAGAACAAGGGUGAUAUUGGAUCUGCUUCUCAGGAGUUUUGA